GUAGGCGACAGUUUAAAUGACCUUCAAGGCCACUAAGGGGAUGAAAUGUCUUCUUACGAAGAAGAAGGACAAACCGGUUUCAUCAGAUUACGAGAAACUGUCUAAAGAAAUAACGAACCCUACUGAACUAACGAACCAUACAGAACUAACGUUAGUUCCUACAGAACUAACGACGUGCCAUCGAGUGACGAUAAUCAUUUUUGCUUGCCUUGGAAUGUACGUGGUGUACAUGACCAAAUUGUACCCCUCUGGAUUUUACAUAGACUUCCUCAAAAAAUCUGGCUUCAAUACAAUCGUUGGUACUGUUUCUAUUUCUGCAGCCCUAAUAACCUCCCCCGCUGGACCCUAUAUCUACAAAUGUCUACCAAAAACCAUCAGAAAUACGUCUCUUUUCAAAAGAUACAUGUGUGUGAGUAUCUUUAACCUGAUUUGCUCCUCUCUGAUGGCCGUGGUUCGAGUACUGCUUGAUAGGAACUCUGGAGAAUCAGUCAUUUUCGGGACAAUAGCGUUACUGAGGGGUAUUCAGGGGUUUGCAGUGGGCAUACUGUAUGUGGUUUUGCAGGGUGAGGUAAUAGAUUUGUAUCUCAAGGGAGAUAAGACAGCGAUGAUCUUGAUAAGCAGCUUCAUGCAAGUUGGGGCAAUACUUUCAACAAUAUUGGGGACUGAGCUGUUUGUAGCUGGUGGGUGGGUAUUAGUUAGUAUUGGUCUGGCCUCCUUCAACAUCCUUCCCCUUUUAUUACUACCAUGCUUAACGGACAUACAAGUAAAAGAGAAUCUUCAUCAGAGAGUUGAAUCAACUGAUGAGGAAGAUUCCUCUGGCUCAUCAGACCAAUGUAAUAGUAUAGGCCCUCAAUCUAUUACACUGUGGUCACGAAAAGUCGCUUUCUACUUUCCCGAUGUAGUCCUAUUCCUCAAUAAUUCGGUAUGCGAACUGAUCGGGUUUGUGCUCCCGGCAAGGAUAUUGUAUUCUUCCUCCAUUUCCCUUUCUUCAGCUGUACAAUUACUACGCAUCUUCAGCACUGUCUCACUUGUAUCUGCUUUAACGUUGAGCUUCAUUGCUGGUAGAAUUAAAAGGUUUAAUGUUGUAGUCACCAUGGCAGUAGGAAACUUGUUCUUUCACUUCGGUGCAGUCGUGGCAUUUGGAGCGACAACAAAUAAUUUCAAAUUCUUGGACUUUACACACCAGUUGUUGAUAGGAUUGACGCUAAUGGGGCUAGGGGAGGCGUGCCACCUUAAUCUUUAUACACCCAGCAAGUUUUCUUUUUACGAGAAGUGGAAUUUACACAACAUUGGUCUCGGAGAACAAGCUGCCAAGAUCUACAAUGUUGUUGCAAACCUCGCUUCUUGUCUUGGAACAGUUAUCUCAGCCCUGUCGUUGUCGGACGAAAGUGAAAUCCCAACUAUAGUUGCAAUUUCAGGACUUGGUGUUUCCUUAACGUUAGGACUAUUUCUAUGUAACCUGGUCAAAUAAGUUUGGACUUACGUACGUUUUAAAGUGGACGAUAUGAUAAUUAGAUUUUUUAAAACAUUACACAUAAAUUUAAUUGAAUUUUCAAUUUGUGCAAAUUAUUAUUUAGCACAAUUAUCACAUGAGUAGAUUUAAUUUAAGAAGCUGCCUCCCAGGCUGCUACUCUUCAUUAUUAGCCAAUACUCUAUGAAAUUAAAAUUAAAACGAAUCAUAGAAUGUUUAAACGAUUAUCUCAACCCCAUAUAAUUAACUUAAUUGUUAACAU